AUGCCAUAUAAGUAUGGAAAUGCCCCAGGGUUGUUACAGGAAACUAUUAGUAAGAUAACGUACAAAAGCGAAUACACAACAAGUUUCACAGGAGAACGUGUCCCGUUGCAGAACGUUCGCAUUCCAACAGGGUUAAAGAUGAGAACGGCAUGGGAUGAAGCACGGACGCCGGAAACUUCUCGUGCUAUCCAGUUGCCUUUUCACCACAGAAGAAAUUAUCCCGCAAGAAUAAACCUUCAAGGACUCCAGCCAUCACCAACAGCACGAGCUAGAAGCGCCCUUCAAAGGCCCAGUAGUAAUGCGUCUCAAAUUAGCCGAAGCAGUGGUCGAAGACCUACGAGUUCGGUGUCGGCAUUCUCAACGCGCGAACGACCAAGUACCGAAGAUCUGCUACGACGACCCCAGAGCUUAGUGGCACGAAGGCCUCAAAGCGAGCUUUCUCGUUUCCCAAAAGAAUUUCGCUACAUUGACAAACAGUGCUUCUUUCAUCCAGCCACCGAACCAAGUAGGAGCUUUUUUAUAGUAAGUCCCGACUGGGUGUCUGAACGCAAGAAUUACAUUAUCCGCAAAAAUACUCUGUUUGGUUAA